ACGGUGGCUGUUUGCCUCGCACAUUGUGUCUAUUUGAACAGAGGAAAGAGUGUGUGUCGCUCUGAGGAGUCUCACUGUACGACUUUACGGGUUGAGUGUAAAAAUUAAGUCGUAAAUUAUGUGGAAUAUCACUUUGUCAUCAAGUGCUUGGGAUUGUUUGCCGCAACCACAUUAAUUCUGCCGUGCUGAGAUUUAAUUUUAAACCACACUGAUCACCACAGAAAACUUUAUCUCGGUCGCUUUUCACUCAACAGUCACUCUCGUCUUUUUUCGCGCAUUACACUGGUUUUAUGUGAAUUGUGAAGGUGGGUUCGUGUCGGCAGUGCUUUUCCGAAAUAAUGUGAGGCUUUUCACGGUUGAAAGAGAACAUCAUGGAGAGAUUUCUCUGUUUUAUGCUAAUUAGUGCGAAUUUCCUCUUAUUGUGUGCCAAUGUCAAUGCGAAAGGCCUGCACUUGAGACAUGUGGUCAGCGAUAAGACCAUCAGCUUUACGAAUUGCACAGUUGAGAAUCUGAGGAACUUGAGAGAGUAUCACACGGAGCCCCACAAUGUCAUUAUCAAUCAGUGUCACGUGCCUGAGCUUGCAAAUGCCCUAUUUUUGCGCACACCAUCCCUCAUCUCGCUGGAGAUCACGGAUUGCCACCUGGAAACCCUCCAGGAUUACGCUCUCAAUGGCCUCAACCAAUUGCAAGUCCUCAAUCUCACGCGGAACAACAUUUCCACAGUCAAGUCAUGGAGUGAUCACGAUCUGGAGGCCGUGCAGAUGAUCGAUCUGAGGCGGAAUCAACUGAGGGAGCUGAACAAGAACACAUUUCGGCGGUUUCCCAACCUCACCCGCCUCAAUUUAGCCGUUAACUUCAUCGAGACCAUGAAGGAGAACACCUUCAAAUUCACACCCCAUCUCAAGUACAUCAAUUUGGGCAAGAAUCUCAUCACUCACAUCGACGAGUAUACAUUUAAGGGAUUGCACAAGCUCAUUCAUCUGUCGCUCCACCAGAAUCUUAUUCGCUACAUCGACUUCUUCGCCCUCGUCAGCAACAGUCACCUCAAGUCACUCCAUCUGCAGGGGAAUCAACUUGCGGUGUUCGAGGCGGAACUGGUGGCGAAUCUGCCGCGACUAGUACACCUCAAUCUCAGCCACAAUCACUUGGAGUUCCUCAAUGAGGGCACGUUCAAGAGGAAUCUAGAACUGAAGGUUCUGGACCUCAGUCACAACAACUUUACAGAGUUUUCCGAAGCCUCGUUCACGGGAUUGGAAAGCUUGGAGGUGUUCAACAUCAGCCACAAUCACAUUCCCGAGCUUAGCAAAUACAUCUUCCGGGAAUUCGCCGCUGUGACACACUUAAUCCUCGCCAGUAAUGAACUUACGGUUCUCGAGGAUGAAUUGCUGGAGUUUAUGCCCAAUGUGAGAGUUCUGAAUGUGUCCGGUAACGCGAUUUCCGCCAUCGACAGUGACUUGUUUGAUGGACUGAAGAACUUGAGACUCCUGGACUUGUCCCGCAAUCGUCUGACCAAUUUGGAUUUCAUGCCCUCAAUAGGAGUGCCGCUGAGACUUCUCGACGUGAGCGAGAAUUUUCUGCACAGUGUGGAUCUGGCGCAAUUCGCGACUGUGGAUCGCGUGGUGCUGGAGGGAAAUCCGUGGCACUGCCGUUGGCUGAUUCAGGCCAUGAUGACGAAGCCGGACAAAGUGGAACUGGGCAGGGAUUACCACGUCACGUCCGAGAUCCACCGCGUGGCAGGGAUUGAGUGUGUGGACGAGGAGGAUGGGCAGAAUCGCAGUGUCAUCCUGCUGAGGGCGGUGGACAAAUCGCCCGAGGACGAGAGUGGAAAUUUUAACAAUUGGCACACACAAAACUCCCACUCAUCCGUCCAUCAUGGCCAGGUAGGCUUCCACCGUGGCGUCUUCACAGCCAAAUCGCCCUCCGAAGUCGAUGAUUUCGACUACAAGGCGAUCUUCCUGUGGCUCACCAUCGGCAUUGCUCUGGUGUUUGGCGUGACGAAGAUCUGCCGGAUUCUGCUGAUCAAAUCUGAGCAGCGCAGUGAAGAGUGGCGCAGGGACCAGCACGAGAAGUACAUGCAGGAACUCGAGGAGCUGGACGACAAGUACAUGCAGCCGCAAAUGCAGGAACAUUCCAUGUAUAAACCAUAGUAUAAUGUUUUAAGUAGCAUCUUAA